GAGAAAAGCUGUAAGUUUCCUUCCCGUCGCCAACAGCUUGGUUCGACGGGCAGGAUGUAAUAUUGUCUUGAUGGGAAGUAUUUGAGUCCAUCUUAUGAUGCAGAUUGCCUCGGAACGUCUUCGAAAUUUAUAGGGCGUGAUAGUCAUUCUGAGAGGUCAGUCAAGUCUUUUGAUUGGUCCGAUCGUUAAUCAGUGAGAGCCAAGUGAGACGUCGGAUCCUCGUCAGCAGCACCGCCACCCAUCACAGGGUUCUCCCAACACCAUGACCGGUGAUGCGACCUCAUCUCGAGCUGCACGAGUCAGGGAGAACCAAAGAAGAUCACGACAGCGCAAGCGCGACUAUGUUGCCUCACUUGAAAGGCGGUUGGAAAUAUUUGAAAAAGAAGGAGUCAAGGCAAAUGUCGGACUUCAGAAGGUGGCAAGGGCCGUCUCAGCAGAGAAUCGAAUGUUGCGAAAGCUAUUGAAUGAACGGAGCGGCUUGUCUGAGGCCGACAUUCAGCAGUAUCUCCGCGAAGGCUCGGUGAGCAAUACUGAGGCUUCACCAUCUCCGCCUGCUUGCUCUCCAUGCAGCUGCGUCUGUACACCUUCUACGAAUUCCAAGCGCUCGGAGUGGUCCGCAGCGGCGGCAGCGUCAAAUGCUUCCACUUCUGUAACAGACAUUGUGCCAUCGUCUGUGAACCUUCGUUCUCCAUCUGAUCCCUUCAAUUUGUCGCUCAACCUUCUGAACGAUAUUGUUGGUCUUGAGUCUGAUCCAAGUCCUUCGAAUGCAUUUAACUUCACUCUUCCUGCAACAUCAAUGUCACCGUCUCGACCUAUUCCUUGCAGAUUUGCCCAGAUGGUCGACGAUCCGGACGGCGUCCUGAACUUCCUUUUCGACUCUUCCUCAUUCGCAGCGCCCGUGUCAUCUUUUACUGAUUGUGACGUUGCAUAUCGUCUAAUUAGGACACUGAACCAGCGGCGCAAGAUGAAGAUGGACAUGGUUGAUAUUGUUCUCCGUUGGCUUUGGUCGGGAUUUAGGGCUGCGACAAGUGGUCCUUCGUGUUGCGUUGUCGAUGAUGAAGUACUCUACUCUACUGUCGUUAACUUGGUUACCGAGUAGAAAUUUAUGUAAUCAAAGUACAUAAUAAUUGAGGUGACUGCACUGCCACUAUUUACGAUCUUUGUCGCGUCCAUGUCGUCGUCAUUUGAGCAGCUCUUCGGAUCCGCUGUGCUCAAUGUCGUCGUUCCUGAUACCUCAGUCGAAUACCCACCCUCAGCGUCGCCGGAUGACUGGCUCUCUCGGUUGAAAUCCCCAAGUUCUGAGAGAAAACUGGCAUUCUUUGAUGAACAGAUGAAUUCCUACUUGACGGUCAGGCUGUCCCAUCUCACUAGUUUUCCAGCUCUCGAUA